UCACAAGCUCGUUAAAUGUUUCACAGUCUACAAAAUCGGCAGGGAAAGUGGUGAAAAACAAAGCCGGGAACGCGUGAAUCUCGGAGCCCACCCCGGGCCAAUCCCAGGAGGGGAGAAAGGUGCACGCGCGGGAAUCACCCGCGGCUCCGGGAAGCGGGAACGGUUCUCGCCGCAAGAGAAUCUAGGGCUGGAAGACUCGCGAUAUCUGGGGGUCGGGAUCUCUCGCUGCGUUGCCUAGCGACAGAAGGACGCUCGCUGGCCCCCAGGCUAAACCCCCGCAGUAUCCUUAAAUUUCCUACCAUGGGGGAAGAAGGCGGCGGCCGCAGCUGUGGGACCACUAGGGAGCUGCAGAAGCUGAAGCAGCAGGCGAUGGAGUACUACCGGGAGAACGACGUUCCGCACAGGCUGGAAGAACUGCUCAACUCCACCUUCUACCUCCAGCCUGCCGACGUCUACGGGCACCUGGCAAACUGCUUUUCUAAACUUGCAAAGCCUCCCACCAUAUACAAAAUAGUGGGGAAAAAUGUACUGGAUGGACUUGGGCUUCCUACCCUGCAAGUGGAAGUAUUCUGCACCAUUCAGAAUUUUACCAAGAGCAUCUGUUCUGUGGUGAUCCCCACUCACUUUGAAGUCUGUGAAAAUGCUUUGCCUGAACUGGUGGAGGCAGAGGAGGCAGAAAGGCGCCUGGCAGUGAGCACUGCUGUGCAGUGGGUCAGUGAGACCGUCACUGAGGAACUCCGGGGCCUGGCGCCCACCGACCAGGCUGAGGUGGAUCGUGUGCUCAGGGCAUUCUUUGCAAAUAAAGUACAAGAAGAAAAAGAGAGAAAAGCAUUGGAAAAGAGCCAGGAAGACUCAGCAGGGCCUGUACCACCACCUCAAAUGCUGCCACCAUCUCCUCCACCUCCUACCAAAAAAAGGGGGCAGAAGCCAGGAAAAAAGGAUUCUCUUUAUAUAGAGAAACCUAUCAUGCCUGCAGAACCUGCUGAACCAGUACUCUGUGGCAGUAUGGCCAUAGGGGCUGUGUCACUAGCUGUUGCCAAGACCAGCGCCAUUCUGGGCAGUAUUCCUCUGUACUUAAACAUUGCAUUACUGAAGCAUAAUCAGGAACAGCCAGCAACGCUAACUAUGCCUUUGCUGAUGGCAUCUGUGGUCAGCUGUGGGAAAUCAUCACCUGGGAAGCUAAAUUUAAUGAAAGAAGUGAUUUGCAUACCCCAUCCUGGAUUAACAACUAAACAAGGUGUGGAGAUGCUUCUGGAAAUUCAGAAACAAAUUAGCAAAAUACUGGAAAUGCCCACUCCUCCUAAAGAGAACAAAAAAGGACUUAAUGGAAACAAAAGAGGUCAACAGCCGGUCACUAGUAAGAUGUCCCAUCUUGGCUGUUUAACCAUUAACUGUGAUGUCAUGGAACAGCCACUGCUUCUAAUACAGGGCGUCUGUGCAAACCUGGAGCUGGAACUGGGAACAAAUCUGCAUCUAGCCAUCAACUGUGCCGGACAUGAGUUGAUGGACUACAAUAAAGGAAAGUAUGAAGUACUGACGGGAACCCACAAAAACGCAACAGAGAUGGUUGACCUGUACGUGGAGCUAAUCAACAAGUACCCUUCCAUCAUUGCCUUAAUUGAUCCUCUCAGGAAGGAGGACUCUGAACAAUGGGACAGCAUCUGUAAUGCUCUUGGUUCCAGAUGCUACAUAAUUGCAGGAACUGCAUCCAAAAGCAUUUCAAAACUUCUAGAGGAUGGAAGCAUCAGCAUCCCCAGAUCCCAUGGGCUGAUCAUAAAACAUACAAAUCAGACUACCAUGUCUGACUUGGUGGAAAUAACCAAUCUUAUUGACAGGACGAAGCACAUUGCCAUCCUUGGAAGCACAGAAGGAGAGUCCUCUGAUGAUAGCCUUGUCGAUCUGGCUGUUGGACUCGGUGUCCGGUUUAUCAAGUUGGGGGGUCUUUCCCGUGGUGAACGGGUGACUAAGUACAACCGCCUUCUUACUAUAGAGGAAGAACUUGUCCAGAAUGAAACACUGGGUUUCAAUGAAGAACACAUCUUUUCUCACUUUAAUGAAGACGCUGAAAAGGCACUUGAAGCUGCUGCCACUGCAGCUGGUGAGCUGCCUGGGCCCCUGGAACCUACCUUCCCCACAGAGGUUGUGGAAGAAUCAGCCAAAUCUUGAGCACAUUGACGGGGUGUACCCUGGGAUAGAGCCACACCAGGGUAUUAGACUGGUAGGUGUAAAGUAUGUCUCUAUAUUGGCUCUGCUCUUAAACGUCACUGUUGUGCUUUUCCAUUCUUGUGACUUCACUGUUUGGUAAAAUACAUAUAUAAUAUUUUUGCCUGAAAGUCUGUGAACUUUGUUUUGUAGUCGUCACAUUUCCAUGAGGACAUUAGCUCUACUGUCCAGUGUGUGAGGUCAUGAUCUAGUUUUUCUAGAGGUAAUAUUUUUGUUGCCAAUUCUAUAACAUCUUGUCCUUUACAAAUGAGAACACUUCCAAAACAGAGGCUAAUUCUGUAAGAAGCUCUCAGUUCCAGGAACAGGUGUCCAGCUUCUCUGUUCUGAAAUGCGAAGACACCUUUUUGCAGCCAACCUGAUGCAGCUGGUGCCAAGACCAUCACUUUUUGAAACAGCCAGAGAACUUCAUCUUAUAUUCCUACACUUGAUUCCCAUUUCCCCUGAUGUCUUUGUCUUAAAUUUUAGCUUUUCUUAUUUUUAUCUUUGUGAGUCUCCUUAUAUCAUUUCGGAACAAGAAAAGAUAUAAAUAAACAAAUCAGUGAAAUGAAUACUCUUCAGGUUAUUAAAUGCCCAAACUGUUUAUAAUAUAAAGGGGAUUGGCAAAUGGCUAAAAAGGAUGUGACAUUUAUGUUGACUGACUCACCUCUUGACGUUUGUCAGCCAUUGUUGGGGUAAUAGCAGAGGAAUCCCAGAAAUAAACAUAUUCAAGCACACACCUAUAGACAUAUAAUGAUGUCCAACUGUUUUAUGAUUGGGUUCUCUUAAAAGGAUUACUACUUGCUUUUCCUACAAAUUGUACAUAUUGCUAUGUACUAACCUGCAAGAGAGAGUUGGCUAAAUUUAGACUUCUGAUCUACUGUAUAAGUUUUACCAAGUGCACCAAGGUCCUCUCCUUUUGAAGAGUGUAAGCAAGGGAAAUUAAUGUCUUCAUGGUAGAGCCAGCCUCUUCC